AUGGAUGAGUCACAGGUUCCAAUGACUGAGUAUGAGCAAAUCAAGUUCAAGAUGAAUCAAACGACUGAUGAGUCGUUGGAAGCCUCUCGACGAAUGAUGGCUUUAUGUGAAGAGGCUAAAGAGGCAGGAAUUUCGACUUUGGUUAUGCUAGAUGACCAAGGCGAACAACUGGAUCGCAUUAAUGAAGGCAUGGACCAGAUUAACCAAGAUAUGAAAGACGCUGAGAAAAAUCUGGAUGAUUUAAAUAAAUGCUGUGGACUUUGUGUUUUGCCCUGGAACAAGGUAAAGAAGAAGGAUGAUUAUACCAAACAGCUGAAGGAUGAAGACAUGCGUGGGGGAGAUGGACCUCGCAUCAUUGUUGACCAGAACGGAAUGGGGCCAACUGGUGGUUACAUUACUCGCAUCACAAAUGACGCUCGUGAAGAUGAAAUGGAUCAAAAUCUACAAGAGGUUUCUGGUAUGAUCGGAAAUCUUCGUAAUAUGGCUAUCGAUAUGGGUAGUGAGAUUAACCAGCAAAAUGUACAGAUUGAGCGAAUACAGAUAAAAGUAAGUGGUUUUCUGUGAAUUUUCUCGCUCCAAGUAAAAAACAUAGUAACAUUUUAAGAAAUGUUAAUGAUACGGUUUGUAGACAAUAAUCUUACAGUCGAUGUCGAACCUGAUAGUGGCGUAUUCUUUGUGCGUUAGCAUCCAACUUACUGGCUACUCCUAUUUGCA